CAGAUAUUACAAUACACUAUAUAAUUAAUAUAACCUCAUACCAAUUAACACAACAUGCUCACCGGGAACCAUUCUCUGCACAGCCGUUGGACUUUCUCAAUUGUUCCUUGCACAGGAACGGCAUUUGGUGCCAUAAUAGACUAAGUCUUACGUAACUUUGUAACAGUCCUCGAGAAGAAACAAAAGAAAACAGAAACAAAUAUUCACCUUCUCUACAACAAUAACUAAGCAAUACUACCAGAUACUCAACAUCGUCUUCUCAGUCCUCUCAAGCUAGCUCAACCUAGAACAACACCCAUAUAAAGCAUUUUUGCUUUCAAUUUAUUUAUAUUUCCUUUCCCCUAUCAUAAUCUCUGAAGAGAUCUAAGGGAUAAAUAUACCCACCAUUAUACCCACCAUCAACCAUUAUAAUUUCACUCCUCUGCCUCUAGUUGUGUUUUUGAUGUACCAAGAAUGUCUGUUGUCUAUUCUGACCACUCUACAAUGAAUUCUCCUUUAAACAAUAACUCUCCUUUAUAUGAUCAAUCUCCUUUUGGUGCUGGUCGAAAUGAUUUACUAAAUUAUUCAUAUGAUUUUACAACAAAUCUUCAAAUUACAAAUUAUGAAAAAAGUUUAAUUUUCAAGUUUUUGAUAAAUCAUUCUUUCAAUUAUUUGAUCACAAAUUAUCAAAAUAAAUUACAUGCUUCAAGUAUGCAAAAUAUGUGUCAAUUUGUGUUAUUAUUAUUCAAAAGAACAAACUUAUCAUUGCAACAAUUUCAAAAACUAUUAAUCAUAAUGAUUAGGUAUUUAAACAAGAAUCAAACAAUUGUUUUAUCAAUAAAGCAAAUCAUCAUUGGUUGCUUAAUCAAAAUCAUGGGUGUUGAUUCCAAAAAUUGGUCUCAAAUUACAGGGUUAUCUUUGGAAAAUUUAACAUUAUUGAAAAAUCAUAUAAAUCUUGAUCAUGAUGAAAUGAUUAUAACUGAAGAUGAAUUGUUAGAAUUAAAUGAUCAUAUGAAAUCAUUAGUUUAUUCCAAGUUUGAUGUCAUUUGAGUGAAUGUCGUCAAGAGACAAUAACAUGUAUUCAGCUACAUGAGAAUUCAUUGAACUCGUUACUUGAACAGGUUCAAGUCUCGAAUGAUACCUACCAUCCACUGCUCUGGUUUU